AUUGUUUUGAGUAAUGAGAUGAGUUUAAUGCUCUGCUAACCAACAGUUAGCCUCCAAUCUCAAAGUACCUGCAGCGACAGAUAGUCCCUAAAAAUGCCGAGGCUAGAGUCUGUCCGGAUGUUUUAUGUGUUCAUUGCAGGAUGGGCACGGAAGGGAUUUAAGGUCCAGCUGUUAAUUUGUUGACUGGUACCUUAUAACUGUAAGGACAUAAUGCCAGAGAUGACCGAAUCUCAGACACCCGGUCGUAAACCCAAAAAGAAGAAAAACAAAGAAUCACACAAUGCAGUUGAGAGACACAGAAAAGAGAAGAUUAAUGCUGGGAUUAACCGCAUUGGUAAUCUUCUGCCCUGUUCCCAGGCACUGAAACAGAGUAAGAUCAUGAUCUUGGACCAGGCCGUUCGCUACAUCACUGAACUGAAGAAACAAAAUGAUACAUUGCUUCUGGAAGGAGGUGAUAAAGUCCAAGCGGAGGAGAUCCGUCGGCUACGGCGUCAGAUGGAGGAGCUGAGGAGGGAGAGUGCUCACUACAUCGAGCUCCUCAAAGCCCAUGAUAUUAACAUUCUAGAAGACCCCACAGUUCACUGGAAGGGAAAUCAGCGUUGCGCCAAAGUUGCAAAGGUGACCCCCACUCACCAACUCCCAAAGGGGAUCAUUGUCUAUUCCAAUGGCAAUGUGAUGUGCCCAGCAGGGAAGGAGAGUAGCCCAGCGAAACAACCUUCUGAAACAUUAAUUAUUCAGCCUCCUAAAGUCACUGCUAGGUUGAGGGUUAAUGGAGCACUGCUGCAAGUUAAUACCUCCUCAUCCACCCCUGCACUUCUCCCUGGGUCGACCGCCACACCCAUCCAGUCUACACCUGGCCUGAGAAUGAUAGAGCAGUGUGUGGUCGAGACACCGACUGCAGCCACCAGCCUGCCACCCUCUGUGUCUUACAUCACCCUCCAGAUCCCUGCAGCCACCACAGCCCUGUCCCAACCACCACAGCCUGCAGCCCCAGUCCAGACCCUCACCAUAGCAGCCACCUCAGCCUCACAGCUCUCCACUGAAAGUCCUGCUCAGCCUAUGUCCAAUCUCACCACACUUACCCAGGCUAUAGCCACAUCCAGAGCAGCAGCAUCAGAGGUUUGCUCUUGGGUCACACAGGACCCUGCUAUUAGGACUGUAAGUUACACUGCUAUCCCCAACAGCCAAGCCCUUCUUAGGGCUGGGGCUGCAGGCAGCACACAGACUACCUGGACAACGCUGCAGAUGGCAGGGAACACAGUGCAGCCAGUCUGUCAGAGUCUCCCCACCCCAGAGGUCAUCAAUACCACCCAGGCUGUCCAGCAGGUGACUCUGUGCCCAAUGGGCAACAAACCCUCUGUUCAGCCCAUUCAAAUACAAAUGCAACCACACGUGCCUGUACAGCAAGCACCCAUUACAGCCCACAUUCAAGCACAGCCCUUUCAGAGAGCACCCCAGCUACGGCCAGCAAUCCUGAACCAGGCACAGCCUCAGCCUGUUCUAGCCCCCCAACCACAUUGUGCUGUUCUCUCCCAUUCAGCCAUAGUACCCCAACCAGGUGUGGUGGCCCACCCUGCAGUAGUGCCAUCGCAGCCCCAGUCUGCUGUACUUCAACCAGCAUCGUUGGUUUCCCAUCCACCGAGAGCCCUCAUAUCUCAGCCUCAGCCCAUUGCUCAGCCAGCCCUGGUGCCCCAGCCACAGGCCACUGUGCUGCCCCUCCUUCAGACCAUGCAGGUGCUGCAGGUCAACACAACUGGAGGGACAGCCUCAGGUGUAACAGCACCACAGAACACCAACAACCCAAGUGUGGUCAUCCUGCAGCAGGCCAGUUCUUGCCCAACCCAGUCAGUUGUAAGGGAGGAAAUAACCAAUCAGACACCGUGUCAGCAUAUUGUAAUCAUCCAGGCACCCACUCAGGUUGCACCUGCCCCUCAGAAUCCUCAGGUUGGCAUGGUGCCUGCUUCUGUGCCCACUGCAGUACCUGUUGUGUCUACUCAAGUACCAACAGCCAGCAGUUCACCAUCUGCUACUUCCUUACAGAGUGUUGGGGGAAAGCAACUGGUGCACAUUCUCCCACGCCCUGUUCAGCCUCAUAUGAACCAUCCCCUUCAGGUCACUCAGGCCUCCUCUUCCCCACCUGUUCCUUCAACACCACAGACUAUCACUGUGAAUGGCCAGGUGUUUGCCUUGCAGCCCAUGAAGACCUCUGACAAAUCCAGCUCCCAGGCUGGCCAGAGUACACUCCAGCUGGUCCAGCCCACCACCACUGAAGAACCAACUACUAAUGUGGCCCUCAACAGUUUAGGUGCACUCAGCAGUCUCAAUCAGAGCAUCUCUCAGGGCCUUCCACUUACCAUUUCUAGCCAGAACAAUGGUCAGCCUCCAGCUGCUCCAUCAUCAGUAGUCCAGCAGAAGCAGCCUCCUGCUCCAGCAUCCGUCCCUGGCACCACACUUGCUCUACCUGCCCGCCAGCUACAGGUCCCUUGUUUGAACCCAGUCAAAUCAGGGCUGAUGGUUAAUGCCUCUAUACCUCCAGGAAAGAGGCUUCGCACAACUUUAAAUACAAAGAGGGCAACAGCUAAAAGGACUAAACCAGCCAAGAAAAAAGAGCUUAGUCAGGCACCGCCUGCUGUUGCUGUUUCAGCCAAGCCAGUGGUUGCUGCAGGAGAGACGGUUCAAGUUUCAGUAUGUCAAGUUUUACAGUCCUCGACUGUAAAGGUCACAGACAUUCCCCCCACUUGUACCACAGCUGUCACAACUACAGAUUGCAGUGAAGCUGUAGGGAAUGUCACCUCUACACAAAAUACUCAGAUGAUGAUUGUGUGUAGUUCAUCUAGUGAGUCACCUGUAUUUAGUCAGUCCCAUCCACAGAGCAAAAACUCUGUCAGUGCAAUUCAGACUGAUGUUGUAUUCAGUCAUACUAACACUAGUGGUAUGGCAAUUUCAGUUCCAACUGUCAAUGCCACAUCGGUCAAGCCAACAGUUAGUGCAGCUGUGGCCAUUGAGCGUAAACCAGCUGUAGUUUCUGGCAACAACUCAACUGUAACCAAACUCCCAGUUCCAGAGGUUAAACAGCCAACCACCAGUGCAGGAACUAGCACAACACAGAGUAAGUCAGCUUCUGCUGCCACCACUGCUGUUUCGAAACAGAGCAAAUCUGUGGUCAGCUCUACAGACUCUGAGACUCUGUACACCUCCACCACUGUUUCUACCGCAUGUCUGACACCAGUCUGCACCAGCAGUAUCCCAGCAACUGCACCAGUAUCUUUACAUCAGGCGACACAACCAAAUUCAGUAUGUCAUCCCCAGGUAUCUAAUACCCAAGAUCCUCUGCCCUGUAAUAAACCUCAGUCUCAGCCCACCACGUCACCCUUGGUGUACACAACUGUAGCACUCUCAUCACCUGCGGCAACUUUUUCUGCAUCACACAGCUCUAUCACAGCCCCUACAACAAGUUCAGAGUUUAGGAAAAGGGUCACAACCAGUAGAGCUCCAACACAGCAGACUGAUGUGAAUAUGCCCAACCUCUCCCCCUGCCACCCCGCUGAAGUCAAACCAGCCCAGCCCCCUAGAAGAGACAGGGAAGCUCAGGUAGAGAGACACUCCACAGCAGCAGAUAAAGACGGCUUAGUGGCAGCGACUUCUGGCACUCCUUAUAGAAAGGAUUCUGCCCUAUCUCAACAGGUGUACACUAACCUUGACGAUCAAACUAUAGAGCAACCUAUGAUAUCUAGCAGACAGACAGAUUCUCCCAUGUCUUCAGGGGCAGGGGGAGGCAGAGGGUUCUCUGUGGCAUCCAUGCUUCCCCAGGGCCACACUAUUGGUGCGUCAUCUGGCUCCUUUGGAACAUAUACAUUCACCUCGGAGCAGGCAGAAAUGCUGGCCUUGGCCAUGCUAGAACAGGACAGUCCAGGAAGGCGGAGUGGAAGCUGCACUGUUAACACUGCUUCAACAAACCCCACUGCAGCAGCAUGGGAGCCCCCAAAAAACCCAGCAGUGUCCAGCAGUAAAGAAAGGGGCACAACUGGACAGCAGGCAAAAGUGACUAAACCCAUGGACACAGUAACAGUUAAACCCACUGUCCAGGUAUCUGUCAGAGGACAUGCUGGGGAGGGGCCCAAUGGAAGCAGACAUCCACAAAACAUGUCAUACUCCCAGUCUCUGACCCAGGUCCAGUCUCAGAGCUCAUCCCAGAGUGGCACUGUGGCUAGCCUUAGCGUCAACAACCUGAUCAGGCCCAGCUCCAGUCAGCAACCUUACCCUGGCUCUCCCAGUCUUGUUGGCCAACAGGGCUCAGUUCCCUCACCUGUAGGGACCUCAGCCCACAUAUCCCAACCCCCAAACAACGCCCUCUCACCCUGCUCAGGUGCAGCCCAACUGAAUGAGUACACCCCCUUAAAGACUGCGUUAAUGAGGGCUCAGGCUGGAGUUGGUGUAGGUGAGCGACAAGUGAAGAUCAUCUCCAAGCGGCAGGCCCAGGAGGAGGUGAUGCUGAACACUGGAAAACGGCCCAAGCCUUGCCCUCCAUCAGCUACCACGGUUAGCCAUAUGGACGUGAAAGCACCAGACCACAGCCAGAUGAUGGUGGGACAGCUGCCCCCCACGUCCUCAGCUGUCAUGACAAGGAUUAAUUCAGAAAGUGGAGGCCCCCUCUUCUCCACAAACUCUUUCAUGAGCCCAAUAGUUCGGCCCACGGAUGGCCAUUGCCCUCCUCAGGGACCCCCUGAGCAGAACCAGCCAGGUGUGCUUCAUAUGCCCCAGGGUCAUUCACAGCAUGCUGCAACCCAGCCUGGUCAGCACCUGGGAGGAAACAUUUACAUGAAACAGCAGCAGCAAGAGCAGCAGAGACACCAUCUGUAUCAUUUGCAACACCACCUAACACAGCCUGACCCUGCACAGCGCCACUCACUACACCAGAGGGCGCUUCAGCAGCAGCAGCAGCAGCAGCAGGAGCAGCAGCAGCAUGUGCAGAAGAAGCGGGGGCUUGUCAGAGGCAGUCAAACUGGUUCAUCUGCUGGCCUGCAACAGAAGCAGCACCACUUGGAGAAGUCUGGAGUUCAGCAGCAGCAGCAGCACUCACAUCAACAACAACAGACACAGCAUCAACAGCACACACAGCAGCAUCAACAACAGUCGCACCAACAAUCACAACAGCAUCAACAGCCAACACAACACCAACAGUCUCAUCCCCAACAGCACCAACAGCAAACGCAUCAACAGCAGCCACAGGCACAGCAUCAACAACACCAACAGCAGCAGCAGCAGCAGUUACAGCAGCAGCAGAGCUCUCACUCCAGACACCAGCAGCAUCUACAGCAGCAGAUCCAACAGCAGCAGCACUUUAGACACCAGGAGAAGAGCUGUGAAGCCCAGGCAGCAGGAUCCAGGGCCCACCACAGCAGCCACCUGGCCCAGCAGGAGCACCUCAAGCCUGGUCAAGACCAUAACGCUAUGCAGAGGAUGAUGAGCACUCGGACUAUGGAGCAGCAGCUCAUCCCUCCUCCCAGCAAUCCCGUGUCCCGUUCGUCUGACCUGGCCUGUGCUCCAUCACGGCAGGAACGUCACCGCGUUUCCAGCUACUCUGCAGAGGCACUCAUCGGUAAAAGUUCCACCAGUGGUGAACAGCAGCAGCGCAUGGGUCUCCACCUUCAGCCUGGCCGCGGUGCCACACAGGAGCAGCCAGACCUCCGCGGUUACCUGGACACAUCACGAGGGAAGGCCAACAUUGCACACAACCCACAGAACCGCCUGCCCUCUGACCAUCCGGGAUCCACUGAUGUUCAGCGGGUCUCAGAGUGUCCGCCAUUCAAGGUCAUGGGAGGAGGAGCACAUCAACUCGGUGGUUUUGAUGUUCAGGUGUCUCGUGGGAGUGACAUGACCCCUAAGUCAGUGCCGUCCUCCCAGAGGGGCCCUCAGGGGCAGCAGCAGGGCGGAUUCAGGAUGGGUGUUGGCCCUCCAGCAGAUGGCAGGAACCGCUACAGUACAGCUCAUCCCGGCUCACAGGGAGUACAGGUUAGCCUCCCCCGGGAGCAAGAAGGUUGUCACCAGAGUUUCAUGCAAAGCCUCCUUUCCCCCCACCUUCCUGAGCAGAGCAACCACCAGCGAGCAAUGCAGUGCUGUCCCCCAGUCAGCAUGGAGUACAGCUGUGUGCCUGGAAGCUCUUCGGGAGACAUACAGGCCAAGGCCUCCAGCCCCAGUGUGCCCCAGACACAGAAGGCCCCAGCUAUGCGGAUUGGAGAGGGAAACAAGGGCCAUAUUUCUCAGGUCAGCAGUAAUAUGCAUGGAGGCCCAGGUGUGCGCACAGGUCUCCCCCACCCUCCAACCCCACACAGCAGCUCUGAGCCAGGCCGCUCCUCUGCCCCCUCCAGAACACCCACUGCUGUUAGCCAGCACUCCCGCCACAUCGCCCGAGAUACUCAGCCCACCAAGCUGAGACCUGGUGACCGGCCUCGAUCAGGUACUCUGAGACAGAGCAACCCCUUUGAGCCUGAGGGCCACCUGCCUCUGCCCUCGGGAGGAGGGGUGCUGCUGGGCAGACCACAGUCUGGAGGAGAGGCACGACGCAGCACUAUCGUUCGCUUUAUGCCAGAUAGUGCUCAGGUUCCUAGUGACAACAACCUGAUUUCUGACCAACACCUAACACAAAACUUUGGUUUUCCCUUUAUUCCAGAGGGAGGGAUGAAUCCUCCUCCCAUCAAUGCUAACUCCACAUUCAUCCCUCCAGUCAGCCAGCCCAACACCUCUCGUACACCGUCCCUUCUGCCUGUGGAGCCCCAGAACACUUUACCCUCCUUCUACCCUUCCUAUUCUCCAGCUGCUCACCCCAGCCUUCCCAGCGAUGUCACCCUCCAGUACUUUCCCAACCAAAUGUUUACCAGCCCUAGUGCCGACAAGGGCAGCGCUCCUCCACUCAAUAACCGCUUUGGCUCCAUCCUCUCACCGCCUCGCCCUGUGGGUUUUGGCCAGGCCAGCUUCCCCUUGCUUCCAGAUAUGCCCCCUAUGCCCAUUGCCAACUCAUCUGGAAUCACCCCUCACAUAUCCAACUUCAGCCUCACCUCCCUGUUCCCCGAAAUCGCCACAGGCAUGCCCACUGAUGGUUCGACCAUGCCAAUGUCUCCCCUGCUGUCUCUCUCCAACACCUCGGCUGCCGACUCUGGCAAGCAGCCUAAUCGUCCUGCCCACAACAUCAGCCACAUUCUAGGCCAUGACGGAAGCUCAGCUGUGUGAGGAGAGUUCCUGCUGCAUUUUGACGAACUGGUGUUCUGAAGUGAAGAGUUUAACUUUCAAUUUGAGAUAUGUUGUUCUUUUAAAUGUUCAACAAGUUCAGAAAGUGGUGGGGAAGCACCUGAUGAAACGACACCAUGUCUGUCUGAUUGUUUACAUGUUCGCACAGUUUCAAUCUCAAAUGUAUUUCCUUUGGCAUAUGUAUGAUGUCUACGGAAGAGGAUUAGGGCCACGUGAAAAAUGUAUUUGAGUUCUGAGUUUAAAGUCAGAAUUCUCUGAAAAAAGAGUCAGAUUCUCAGAAUUCUGACUUUAAACUCAGAACGUAAUACAUUUUUUCACAUGUGGCCCUAAUCCUCUUCCGUAGAUGUCAACGUUAUAAUUUGUAAUAUUUCAGAAAUCUUUUGAAUUUAACGUGACCAGAAAAUGUGGUCCUUUUUUAUAGCUCUUUGUUUGUUGGUUAAACCGACUGUUUGGUGGUAAAACAAAAUCAAAUUUAGGUUUAGAACCUUAAUUUAAUGUUUUCUUUGUCAUUAAGAAACCUUCUGCACAGUUACUUACAAUGUAAUUUACUAACUUAUAUCAGGUUGUACUGUACAUAAUCUUUUCUUUUCAAAAGCUAUUUUGUAAAUACCAGUGUUUCAUAUCAGAAUUGUUAAUUAUGUAUGUAUUUGUAUAUACAAAAUUGAUUAAUAAAGUUUAUAAGGUGACAUUUGUA